AUGGCCACCACCGCCACAGCCGCCGCCGCCACCGCCACAGCCGCCGCCACCGUUAAGCCCACGAUCUCCUUCAUUUCCACCACCAGACUCUCUUCUCUGUCCCCAACAUCUCAUCAUUUCAACAAACUCCUAUCCAAUCUCCUAAAAACCAUCCCAAAGCCCCUCCAAUUAACCCAGUCCAAGAACCCACUCUCCGACAUCAUCAGAGAAACAACAAAAAAUUCAGAUAAAAAUUCCCUGAAUUUCAAUGAUGAGAACGAUAAACCCCGUGAAGAGUGUGGAGUGGUAGGGAUAUACGGUGACUCAGAGGCAUCCCGGCUUUGCUAUUUGGCCCUCCACGCUCUCCAGCACCGCGGUCAGGAGGGCGCCGGUAUUGUCUCCGUUCACGAUAACGUGCUUCAGUCGGUCACUGGCGUCGGACUUGUAUCGGAAGUUUUCAGUGAAUCGAAAAUGGAGAAGUUGCCAGGGGAUAUGGCCAUAGGACAUGUAAGGUACUCCACCGCUGGAUCUUCUAUGCUUAAAAAUGUACAACCUUUCGUUGCAGCUUACAGAUUUGGGUCAGUGGGUGUAGCCCACAAUGGGAAUUUGGUGAAUUACCAGGCGUUGAGGGCGGAAUUGGAAGAAAAUGGGUCAAUUUUCAAUACUAGCUCGGAUACAGAGGCGGUUCUUCAUUUGAUUGCAAUAUCAAAGGCGAGGCCAUUUUUAUUGAGGAUUGUUGAGGCUUGUGAGAAGCUUGAAGGGGCUUAUUCUAUGGUGUUUUUGACAGAGGAUAAGCUUGUGGCGGUUCGGGAUCCUUUCGGGUUUAGGCCAUUGGUUAUGGGUAGAAGGAGCAAUGGGGCUGUAGUUUUCGCCUCGGAAACUUGUGCAUUGGAUUUGAUUGAGGCUACGUAUGAGAGAGAGGUUUAUCCAGGUGAGGUUCUUGUGGUGGAUAAAGAAGGGGUCCAAUCUCUUUGUUUGAUGUCUCAUCCCGAGCCUAAAUCGUGUAUUUUCGAGCAUAUAUACUUUGCGUUGCCAAAUUCCAUUGUUUUUGGGAGAUCAGUGUAUGAGUCGAGGCGUGUUUUUGGGGAAAUCUUGGCCAUGGAGGCUCCGGUGGAUUGUGAUGUUGUGAUUGCUGUGCCUGAUUCAGGAGUUGUGGCUGCAUUGGGUUAUGCUGCAAAAGCAGGGGUGGCAUUUCAGCAAGGGUUGAUUAGGUCACACUAUGUGGGGAGAACAUUUAUCGAGCCAUCGCAGAAGAUUAGGGAUUUUGGAGUGAAGCUAAAGCUUUCUCCGGUGAGGGCUGUGCUGGAGGGAAAACGAGUGGUGGUGGUGGACGAUUCAAUUGUUAGGGGAACCACUUCGUCAAAGAUUGUUAGAUUGAUAAAGGAAGCCGGAGCGAAGGAAGUCCAUAUGAGAAUCGCAAGCCCUCCAAUCAUAGGUUCUUGUUACUAUGGCGUUAAUACGCCUAGUUCUGAGGAAUUAAUUUCGAAUAGGAUGAGUGUGGAAGAGAUCAGGGAGUUCAUUGGCUUAGAUUCGCUUGCUUUUCUGCCACUCGAUAGCUUGAAGAAUCUAUUGGGCAAAGAUUCGCCCAACUUUUGUUAUGCUUGCUUUUCCGGGAAGUAUCCGGUCGAGCCAAAGGGUAAAGUUAAAAGGGUUGGUGAUUUUCUUGAUGAUGGAUUGAGUGGGAGUAUGGAGUCUAUAGAUGGAGGAUGGCUUCAAGGAACUAGGAACCAAAAAGAUGUGGGAAAUAUAACCCUAAAUUGGAAACAGGGAAUCAAUUCCUCCCAAGUAAUUUGA